UCAAGUGGUUCAUGCCUGACUAUAUGUCUGUCGCUGGUUGCGUUGUUGAGCGACGGGGUCAGGGUGGCAUACCAACAAACGUUACUCGAGCAGAUUAUACCGACUGACAUGCAUUUAUCAUGCCCCAAAGUAACCCUUGCAUCAAGAUCCUAUCAACACAGCGUGGGUAUUUGCAGGGUUUUGUUAUCUUAGAUUUUGACUACAGAAAUUCGCUAUCUCUCGACACAGAGGAGGGGAAGAGCAAUGGACGACGGGGGAGAUGUCGUUGCCAGGCAACAGAACAAAGACGUCCCAUAUCUAGUGAAGGACUACCCUCGCCCGGUGCCGCCCAUACAAAGGAAACAGGACGUGUUUGACCCUGAGGAUUUCACAGAUGACAUAAUUGAGAUACCAGAUGAGAAGCUGUGUGACUUCCCCACCCUAGUGGGCCAUCUCACCGACGGUCUGACAACAGAUGUUCAGAAGGUGUGGGCCAUUUUCUCCUGGCUUGGAAACCAGAACGUUCUGGACGCUAAGUACCCGGAUGCAUCAGAUCCAUAUACCCCCAAGGCUUUCCUAAAAGGAAUUCAGGAAGAUACAUCACUCUAUGUUAAACUAUUUACCAUCCUAUGCAGAGAGGCCGGAAUCCCUUGUGUAAUUCUGAACGGGCGUGCAAAGGCCGGCAAGUACGAGGUGGGAGACAAAGUGACAGGAUACAGUACAUGGAACGCUGUUUAUGUUGCGGAAGGAUGGAGGUUUGUACACUGUAACUGGGCCUUCAUAUCAGUUAUCGGUAGAGAAGUGUCCGGUUGGAUAAAAGUCGAGGAAGAUGGGAAGAGAGUAACAGAAGAUGUGCAGGCGAGUGAUGGUGAGAGGAAGCACGUUGCUGACUUCAGUGACAGCUACUUUCUCGUGGAUCCAGAUGUGUUCAUCUAUUUCUGUCGCCCAGAGGAAGACCCCUGGCAGCUUCUGCGAUCUCCCAUUUCUUUUAAACGCUUUAUGGCGCUGCCUUUCCUCAGACCAGCAUUCACAGAAACUGGUUUCUCCUUCAGAUCUGGGCAAGAAGGAACCAUCAGAUCUCACAUGGGGGAGUGCGACGUUAUCAUCCGAGCACAGAAGUGGAAGGGCCAGUUUAAGUAUACAUUGUUCUACAAGAAAGACUCCGGCAAGGAGUUUCCAGAUGCACAGGGCUCCGAUAGGUAUGUUGCAAUGAUUAACAGAAACCUCGACGGAGAAGUCAAGUUUAGAGUACGUUUUCCCAUAGAAGGUACGUACAAACUUUCAAUGUUCAGGAAAAAGGAUAAGGUGUUCGCGUGGAUCUGUGACUUCCAGCUUAUAUGUGACCAACGCAAGGCAGGUUGUGAACCCCUACCAGAGACCCCAGCAAUUGGGUGGGGACCAGGUAUCACUGCACGAUCAGAAGGAAUAUACAACAUAUCUCACAAUGACGGAAUAAUUGAAUCAAAAGAUGGGAAGAACAUCGAAGUGUCGUUCAACGUAAAGGGGAAGCAGAAAAUCAAAACUCGCCUCAAGCAUGUCCGUCUCCCUGACAAUAAGAUGAAGCAGUUCAUCUCAACAUCCUUCCACAACGGUACCGUCAACAUCAGAUUGAGGCCCGAUGAUGGAGAGUAUGCCCUUGUGAUUGAUAAUGACAAGGAGGGUGCGGGUCAAAAGAAUGUUCUCAACUACAUCAUCGAGUCAGGCCAGGCCAACAGGAGACCAGUGGGUCACAGAGAGAAUGCCACAGAGAGAUUAACCCGACAACAGCUGAAGGAGGCAACGAGGGAGAGAAAAAAAGACGACAUCAUUGAAUACAUUGCAAAAUUCAACAAGAUGAAGCUGGAGGACAAGGGACAUCUGACCAAAGCAAAGGAGACAUUGGAGAGCAUCGAAAUCAAAGAAUCUCUGAGAUACGCUCUGAUGAGGGAGCGAAGUGAUGAAUUGGAGAAAGCGAUAAGGCGAGCCCGGACGUCAGAUGUCGCGGAGAAGUUGGAACCUGAUGUUGAGAGAGCUGAGUCGGCCCUGAACAACCUCCUCCACCGCAACUCUGUGCCUCGUCAUCUGUCAGCUGUUACCCACAGAAACGUUGCCGAGAUCAGAGCUUUAAGAACACUGACCGUUCCACUCCAGGACAUUUUCACUGCUUUAUUCCUGCUUUUGGGAGAAAACAGGUUCAACCUACAGGACAGUAGCUACAUGCUAGGCCUGCUGAAGAGAAGUGGACCAGAUGGGUUAUUGCCACGACUGGAACGGUUCGAGCCUGGUGAUGUCAACCCGGAAGUGGUACAAGAAGCUAAGGGACUUCUGGAGAGGCAUCAGGAAGACCAUGUGACCAGAAUCUGCCCUCCAGUCGGAAAAGUAUAUCAGAAGGGCAAGAACCUCGUGGCCAGAUACACAGGGGAGCGGUCACCUAGUAUUCAUAACGAUGGAUCUUCAUCACCAGCCGAGGAGGGGGACAAUACAGAUGCGGUUGUGACCAAAAAUCUCUAAUCAUAUUAACAUGCUGCAGUUCUAGCGACAUCCAAUUUAUAAUUGAGCAUUUACAAAGAUUCUUAAAUUCUCCAGAUGACCCAGUAUUUUAGAAAUACACAUUGACUUCAGCGCAUCAAACUUAAUGACUUUGACUGACUGCUGAACGAUACCAUUAUAGUACAUGCAAACUUUAUUCCCAGUGCCUCCAAUGCACUAGGUAUAUGUCGCAAAGUGAAAUGAGAAUUUACAGCUUCUACUCGUUUCAUUGUAGUUGUUGAAAUUGACAAGUCGAUUGUCAUGUAGUAUAUUUCUGUUGAGUUUUAUUGUAGCGUAUUCUAAUUCUCCAAUGUCUUAGGGGUCGUGCGCUGUUAAGAUAUGACUACAAUGUAAAUUAAAGUUUUCAUUACACCUGAAGAGCCGUUCAACGGCGAUAGAUCUUGUGUGGAUAAAGGAGUUUUGACAAGCAAGAAUAUCUGGAUUCUUUUAUUUGUAUUUUUUUUAUUACUUACACACGUGAUGAAUCACUUGUUUAUAUAAAUAUAUGUCAUUGCAUAUUUUCUUUAUUCCGUUACAUAGGGUUUUUUCAAUCAAUAAAGAUCCCGGUU